GCAAAUGCGACUGGAGCGAGUUGAUAGCUUCACAGGCAACUGCUUAUUGCUGCCGUUGGCCCACUGAGUCCAGUGUUGCAGGCUGCGAACAGGCUAGAUUGAAAUUUCACCACAAAAGAUCCCAGAAUAUGCGAAGUUCUGGUUUUCUAAACCCAACUACGCUAACUAAUCUUCACCAACCACUCCAAGAGGCUCUUCGCGGAAUUCAGAAUGCAUUUCUGGGCCUUCAUUUUGAUUUUCACCGCGGCGCACGCCAAAAUACAAGUGAGCACCGCAAGGGCUCCUCCGCCUCGUGCGGCGAUGCAGUUCCACGCCUUUGAACAAUGCAAAGGCGUAGAAACUCCGUUUCUGAUGAGAAACUCGUCGAUCACCCGCUCCAGACACGGAGCUGCUGCAUUCAGUGCAGACUUCUUCAACCACAAAGUACUCAAGACUUUUUCAAAGUUGGAGAUAACCAUGACAAAGUGCGCGGACGCCGUGUCAUACAACACAUGCGAGUACGAGGGCACGCACAAGUUCUCCGUUGGACUGUGUCAACUCAUCACUUCCCCAACCAUGCCGUGGUCCUCCUCCGUGAACUGCCUGCAACCGCCGGUUCGCUGCCCUCUCGCAACCGGUGCCUACGCGCUGAGGAACGCCACAGUUGACAUGAGCGCCGUCUUUAAAUUGGCGGGGCCAGGUAUCCUGGACGGCAAGUUCGACAACAUCUACAAAGCUGACGUUCGCGUCUUCAACGAGAAGAAUGAAAUGCAUAUCUGCUUCACCGCCACAUACAGUGUGAAGCGUAUCAAAAACUAAUGUGAUUAGGAACCUCACGAGAAUCAAGACGCGUCAAAGUGUCUCUCACUUGGUUGCGCAAACAACUAGGAUUUUUCAGAUC